CGUCGCCGUUCUUCUGUAUAGGUCGAGCGCAGCUCGCAUGGCGGCAGUGCAAUACUUGCAACACGCGCUUUCGACUUACCGAGCAACAUGCGCUACCUGCGCCUCCUCCUUCUCGUGCUCCUCGCCGUCGUGCACGUCUCGAGUGUUGGCCUUCAAGCGACCAACGCGCCAUCACCCACGGUUGUCAAUGUCUCGGACUCGGUUUUGAUUCUGCUCAAGUAUGGCGUGCGCGCCGUCGGUCUCAAGACCGUGUCGGCCGGCAGCCCCUCCUUGAGCCCAACGCCAACGUCGAUCACGCCGCCACCCAUCGUCGUUUCCAACACGGCCAGCAGUCUUCUCGCGUCCUCGGGCAUCGCCGCCAUCGCGGUGCUUCCGUCGCUCGCCGCCGGCGCCAGCAUUGGCCUGGGUAUCGCGGUGGUGUUCUAUGGCUACAAGCUCUUUCGCCCGACGCUCUUUAUGAGCGGCUUUGCGUUCGGCGGGAUGGUGGCCUACAUGACCGCCGAGCGUGUUGUGCGCGUCGAUGCCACGUACUACACGGCCGUGUGUUGGAUCUGCUUUGCUAUCCUCGGGCUCGUCUGCGGCUUUCUCAGUAUCUACGUCCUCGGGCUCGGGGUCUUCUUCAGCGGCGCGAUCGGCGGCCUCGUGCUCGCGUUCCUCUUGGCCACGUCGUUUGGCUACAAGUGGUGGCCCGCAUACCCCGAAGGCAUCCUCUUCAUCUUUGGCGCGGUGCUGAGCCUCCUCUUUGGCGCGCUUGCCUACUCGAUGGAAAAGCCGAUUCUGGUCGUCUCGAUGGCGCUCACGGGCGCCGGUGCUACCGUUUGGGGCAUCGGGUACUUUGUCGGCGGCUACGCCAACGCCGAUGACCUCCACGUGUACCGGCGCGUCGACAACGUCGGCGUCUAUCAGUACGAUAUUCCGACGAGCUAUUGGGGCUACUUUGCCGCUACGAUCGUGCUCUUCAUUCUCGGGACGUACGUGCAGUUUAUGAACACAGCGUGCUGCGAGAACAAUGAUUUGUACACGUGGAACGAGCACGCCGACGUGCAGCUGGAAGAGCGCCGCAUGUACCGCGAGCGCGUCGGGUACCCGCGUUAUCGCAACGGCGGCGACUGGGGCGGCGGCGUCCGGACCCGCGACAACUACUACCACGCCCACGGCCAUCGCUAAGAGAAACGUCGCUUUUGUACUAUAACAACAAUACGAACUUUGCCAUACGAAUGCUCGAUCGAA